AUGUUGAUAGCAGAACAGAUCAAUCAAAUUCAAGGAUCUACCUACUUCGAAUCCGAAAACCACCAAUUAUGUGACUUAAUCAAUAUGUUUGUGAGAUUGGCAAUCGAUAAAGAAGAAGAUUUAAAAACAAUUAAUAGACGUUUAAUUAGAAAUGUAGAAGAUAAGAAUCAACAACUACUAAAAGAAAUUAACGAUCACAAAAAAUGGCAGAAACAUUUGGAAAACGAGAACGCUAAACUAAAUUCUGAAUUUGAACACAAAAAACAGAUCCAAAAAAUUUUAAUUAGCAAAGAAGUCAAACAUAAGAAACUCAAAGAAGAUUUUUCGCAAAUGCAAUUAAUGUGCGAUGAGCUAAAUAAGAAAUAUCCAUACUUAAUAAAGUCGCUCAACGAACACCGACAACUAUUGACUAAGAGUAGUAUGAAACGUUUCGAUAACGAUAACCUAAUUAAAACGCUUCAAUCGAAUUUAAUAGAACAGACCAAUAAACUUGAACUCGUGACUGCAAAGUAUAAUAAAGAAAAAGAAAAAUGUCAGGAAAACCAAACUUUCACGCAACAAAUGAUGGAUGAAUUUACGAGCUGUCUUAACAAAAAAGAAAUCAAUAUCGCAUUGGUACAAAAUGAGUGUAAUGAUUUGAAACAUCAAAUAAAAGCAGAAGACUGUAUCGAAAAUUUAAAACGCGAGGUUAUUACAUUAAAAACUAACAAUAAAACCAUAAAAGAAAUAUUAAAAGCCCAAAGUAAACAGCAGCAGCAGCACCGAGCAAUGUCACAGUCGCCUUCGUUGAUAUCCGACAACGAAUUAAAACAGCAAAUGGACAUACUACUAGACAAUAUUAGUAACUGGCAAAAUAGUAUAGUCGGUUAUGAGAAAGUGUUGUACAACAUGCAAAACGCCAACCAGCAACAGUCUAAGAUAAGAAACUAUUGCAUAGCCAAAAACAAGCAUCUUAAAGAUAUUGAAUACAAAGCAACGGUGACUGAAAGUUUGAUUCAAGAAAAAGAAGUUAUUCUAUUCCAACACCAAAAUGAGAUUGAAGAUAUAAAAGAGAAAUACGAUUCGAAAAUCGCACGCAUGGCAGGCACAGAAGUUAAUUUAAGAAAUGAAAUUCGAGAUUUAAAGAAAUGUUUAGAAGAGAAAAGUUUGGAUAUAAUGAUGGCUGAAAAAAUAGCAAGUUUACAAGUCAGAGAAUCUUUAGCCACAGUUAAAAAAUAUCUCUAUAACGUUCAAGUAAGUAGAUAA